GCUCACUGCCGCCUUGGACUGCACCCGCUGCCGGAGGCUGGCAGGGAACCGGUGCUCGGCUGCAGGGACAGCCGGGCAGGGGAAGGCAGGCCUGGACCUGCUGCAGGGCAGCAGACAUGGCUCACAGGCUGACGUGACCUCGGGGAUCGAUCGAUGGCAGGCGCUUGGGGCACAGGGGGAGGCAGUGUGUGCCCUGGGUGGGCACUGCCCUGGGGCUGUACACCCAGCAGGCUUGCACACUGGAGGAGGUAUCCCAUCAAACCCAGCGCGUUGUCCUCGCGCAGGGCACAGCAGGGUGGCUUGCUGGCUGAGCUGCUGGGAACGCGUCCCCGGGUACAGCUCCCCACGGUGCCAACGGGGGAGCCCCCAGCCUUUGCUGUUCAGUAGCUGCAGGGAGCACCCCUGAGCCAGCCACCUCUGGGCAGGGUGCGCUGGGGACCUGCCCGCUGCCUGGCCACCGGGCUUGGGCUGUGUGCCCAGUGCCCCAGGGCUGGCCCUGCCUUCCAGGCAGCACAGGGGUGGCUGUGGUGUUAGAUGCUGUGGGGCACCCAACUCAAGGCUGGACACCCUGCGCUGUGUCCUGGCAGAGCUCCAGGACCCUCAAGGGGAGGAACAAUGUGGGGAAUUGCUGCUGGGCAGGACGGGCGUCGCAGUCUGCCACGUGGGAAGCCCCACAGUGGCUCCAGAGCCAGAUGUGUCCCCAAGCCAUGGCCAAGCACUGGGUCCCACCCCCUGCUCCGGGCUCAGGCCAUGGUGCUCGGAGAUGGGGGAGGCCAGGGGCUGGCAGUGCCUGACAGCCCCCUGCUUUUGGCAGGUACCCGCAUCAUCUACGACCGCAAGUUCCUGCUGGAGUGCAAGAAUUCACCCGUGGCCAGGACCCCUCCCUGCUGCCUGCCCCAGAUCCCCGGUGUCACAUCCCUGGCCCAGUCCAGCCUCGUCAAGCUGGAGGAGCUCAAGGAGCGGAAUGAGAGCGAAGAAGCCAUGCCAGAUCAAGACCAGUUUGAGAUGGACAUCUGAGUUUCCAGCUCCCUGUCUCCAGGCCAUGGCUGGGCCUGUUC